UUGUUGGUGAACACCAGAUCUGUAGCCAUGCCUGAACCAGCAGUGAAAGCAGCGAAGAAGGGAUCCAAGAAGGCGGUGGCCAAGACCGCCGGCAAGAAGGACAAGAAGAGGAGAAAGACCAGGAAGGAGAGCUACGCCAUCUACGUGUACAAGGUGAUGAAGCAGGUCCACCCCGACACCGGCAUCUCCUCCAAGGCCAUGGGCAUCAUGAACUCGUUCGUGAGCGACAUCUUCGAGCGCAUCGCCGGCGAGGCAUCGCGCCUGGCCCACUACAACAAGCGCUCCACCAUCACCUCCAGGGAGAUCCAGACCGCCGUGAGGCUGCUGCUGCCCGGGGAGCUGGCCAAGCACGCCGUGUCCGAGGGCACCAAGGCCGUCACCAAGUACACCAGCUCCAAGUAGACCAGCUCCGAGUAGACCGUCCCGCCGCCGACAUCCCACCAAACCAACGGCUCUUUUAAGAGCCACACACUUCUUCUUUAAGAGCCAAGUUCCAUAAAAUAAUGCAUCUAAUU